AUGCUGCGCGCGAACGACUUUUGGGACAAGGAGAAGGGCGCGCCGCUUCUGCGACGCAACGCGGAGUUCCUCCCCAAGGGCGAGCCGCUCCCCGCCGAGCUGGCCGACCGCGUCGCCGCGUGGCCCGGCCUCUGCGGUGCUGACGCCGAGGUGGACCCGCCGCUCGAGCCGAGCGCCCCGGACGAGGCGGCGGACCGCAUCUUCCUCCGCGAUGCCGAGCGGACCUUUGCCGACGAGGGCCACCGGCAGCGCAUGAUCGGGCUGCUCGGCCGCGUCUGGCCGUUGACCAAGGACUACCACCAGGGCCUCGGCUACAUCGCCUCGCUGCUGCUGCUGCUCUUCGACGAAGAGACCGCCUUCCGCAUGCUGCUCCGCAUCGGCCGCGACGACAAGUACUCCCCCGGCUACUGGCACGCGGCGCCCGACGCGUACGUGCGGGACGCGAUGGUCUACGCGCGGCUGGCGGAGGAGCGGGAGCCGGAGGUCGCCGCGCUGCUGCAGCAGGCGUGCCUCGUCCCCGAGGCGUACGCCUCCAAGUGGCUCAUCGGGCUCUGCGUGCACGUCCUCCCCUUCCGAGCGCUGUUCGACUACGUCGAGGCGUUCCUCGAGCACGGGCACGCCUUCUUUUUCCGCUUUUCCCUGGGGGUCUUCGGCCGCAACAAAGAGAAGCUCCUCGCCUUCAAGCCGACGGACGUCAACCUCAUCCUGGAGGUGCUGCGCCUCGACCAGUGCCAGUACGGCGACGAGCUCGAGGCGGAGAGCGGCUGGUUCUCGUCGCUGGUCGCGGAGGCGAAGGAGGUCGACCUCGAGGCGGAGCAGCUGCAGGCGCUGCGGGCGGAGGAGGCGGAGAGGCUCGCCGAGAAGCAGCGCCGCAUCCGGGAGCGCGAGGCGCAGAUGGCGGCGGAGGAGAGCGACGACGAGAUCGUCUUUAGCGACGAGGAGGACGACUGAGGCGGGCGCGCCCGCGGCACGUGCUCACGUGCGGCCUCGCUGCCGCUUCGCCGGGGGCGGCCCGGAGCACGCACGCGUCUAGCAAUCGGGGGGAGGCGCGAGGGGCCGCCUCUCGCACCGACUUGCCUGGAGGCGGUGCAGGUAAGGUUAGGUAAGGUAAACGUCUCCACA